GCAAGCAGUGCUGGGCCGAUUCUAUAAAAGAGGGAGAAGAGAGCCGUAAACACCACAGGGAGAUCGGAAUCUAGGGCUGUGGAAGGGGAUUCGGGGCUUCCAGGUUUCUGCAUCCCCUUCUUUUCAGGCUUUUAUAUAAGGCCAUUGCUUUCCAACUUCAGCUACAGUGAUAGCUAAGUUUGGAAAGAAAGGGAAAGAGAAGUCGGUUGUUGUGUCCAUUAUAGUCAACAUUUAGUAACGUCAAACCUGAUCGAUCAUAUCGCUAUAUGAUAUUAUCAUGACAAAAGCAAAGGAUACAAAGUCUGCAGGAUGUUGUGGAUCCUGUGUCAGCUAUUUUACCUCUGCAAAAUUUCUCAUGUAUGUUGGACAUGCUCUUUCCACGUGGGGAGAUCGCAUGUGGCACUUUGCUGUCUCACUGUUCUUAGUGGAACUGUAUGGAAACAGUUUGCUUCUUACGGCUGUUUAUGGACUUGUGGUUGCAGGCUCUGUCCUUCUUCUUGGAGCUAUCAUUGGAGACUGGGUUGAUAAAAACCCACGACUGAAAGUGGCGCAGACUUCGUUAAUUGUGCAAAAUGUUUCUGUUAUAAUUUGUGGCAUAAUCCUGAUGGUGGUUUUCUUGUACAAGACCGAACUUUUGUCAAUGUAUCAAGGGUGGCUCUUGACCCUCUGCUAUAUCCUGGUUAUUACUAUAGCAAAUACUGCAAAUCUGGCCAGCACAGCUACUGCCAUCACAAUUCAGAGGGACUGGAUUGUUGUUGUUGCAGGAGAAGACAGGAGCAAAUUAGCAGACAUGAAUGCAACAGUGAGGCAAAUCGACCAGCUGACAAACAUAUUGGCUCCAUUGGCGGUUGGACAGAUAAUGACCUUUGGUUCACCUGUUAUAGGAUGUGGAUUCAUUGCUGGUUGGAACUUGGUGUCUAUGUGUGUAGAAUAUUUGCUACUUUGGAAAGUUUACCAAAAGACACCAGCCUUAGCUAUUAAGUCUUGCAAAAAAUGUGAUGAUGAAGAACUUAAGCAAUUAAAUAUAAAAGUUAUAGAUGCAAACUCCAACAACAGUGAAAAACCUACUGAAGAUGUUCAACUCAUGGGAGAGAAAAGUGUUGUGGCAACUGGAACUUCAGAAACGUCUAUAUGUAGUAAAAAAAUUGCAGAGCCUUUUCGCACAUUCCGAGACGGAUGGGUUGCAUACUACAACCAAUCAGUGUUUUGGGCUGGCAUGGGUCUUGCUUUCCUUUACAUGACUGUCCUUGGCUUUGACUGUAUCACCACUGGGUAUGCUUACACACAAGGACUAAGUGGCUCUCUUCUCAGUAUCCUUAUGGGUGCAUCUGCCAUUUCUGGAAUUAUUGGAACUGUGGCAUUUACCUGGCUAAGGAAAAGAUGUGGUCUAAUUCGUACUGGAUUCAUUUCAGGCAUAGCUCAAGUCAGCAGCCUUGCCCUAUGUGUGGUCUCAGUCUUUAUGCCUGGAAGUCCAUUGGAUCUUACUGUUUCUCCAUUUCAAGACAUUGGUACUCGCUUUCUUGAAGGAGAGUCCUUACCUACAGUAUCUCCAGGUGGUGUUCUCCAUGAGUCCUUCACAAUCGGCAUACAAAAUAUCUGGAAUAACUCCAGCUCAGCAACCAGUAAACCAGAUGUUUCAAGUCCAUUGACCUCAGUCAGUUUUCUUUUUGCUGGAGUUAUUGCAGCUAGAGUUGGUCUUUGGUCCUUUGAUCUGACAGUAACCCAGCUUCUUCAAGAAAAUGUCAUCGAGUCUGAAAGAGGCAUUAUAAAUGGUGUCCAGAACUCUAUGAAUUAUCUUCUGGAUCUUCUACAUUUCAUCAUGGUGAUUUUGGGACCCAACCCAGAAGCCUUUGGCUUGCUAGUUCUUAUUUCGGUGUCAUUUGUUGUCAUGGGCCACAUAAUGUAUUUUCGAUUUGCUUACAAAAAUGUUGAAAUGCUGUUAUUUUCUUGCUCUUCUUCAGAGCUGAAAACAGUGGCAAGUGAUCAGCAAUGCGGAAAUUCUUCUGUUUAAAAGGGCAAUAAGUUCAGUAACCAUUUAUCAUAUUAUGUUGUGCAUGUGUUCUCUAGAUGUGUUAGUGCUUGUUUUAUUAAACAUACUUGGGAAAUAUAAAAAAAACACAUCAAAUAUUGUGGUAGAGAUCCUCAACUAUGUUGAUUUGGCUUAUUUCUUUCUCAAAUGCUCCAAAGGCUAGCAUCACAAUUAAUUGUAGCACUAUGUUUGGGAUAUCAGUAAAUGUUCCCAACAUUUUCUUUAACUUUUUCACAGGCCAAUAGAUGUAUUCUGGCCAAACACAUUCCAAAAGAAUGCUUUAUUAAUAAUAUAUCAGUCUAAAUUUGCUGUGAUAAAAAACUAACAAAAUUAACUGAUUUUCAAUGUAACUUUAUGCAAAAAAUUAAUGGUAGGGGGCACAUUCCAUAAACCCCCAAGUAGACCAUUGCAAAAACUUGGUGUGAACCUUCUUAACAUUUAUACUAAGCAUUUUCUAGAUACUAUGAUUUCAGUCUCACAGUAAAGGUUUUUAUUUGUAUAAUGAUUUCAUAAUUAAAUCAAUGAAUAUGAAAACCAAAGUUUGCAUUUGUUUAAAAUUUACAUAGAAAUAAUGACCAUUGUUUUAUCACGUAUAAUCAUAUUGCAAAAAGUGUCUGAAUCAUGGUUAUGUGACACUAAAAUGGAGGUUAUGAAAUAGUUUUAUCUUCAUUUAUAUCACUGCAGGUGUAAACAUUGUCAUACAUAUUUUGAUGUACUGCAUUUAAAGGGUUUCUGUCACCCCAAUUUUCGCUAAUAAACAGGCUGACAUUAUUUAUGUGAAUGUCACCUGAAUUUUUUUAA